CUUCUUAUCAUCUACCACGAAAUGUAAGAUAACAGAUAAUAAAACAUUGAACAAAUGGGAUAUUACAGAUUUAGAACAGAAUAAAGACAAUGAAACAAAUACUACAAAAUGACAAAAGCAUUUGCUUCUCAGACACAGAUUUAAAGCUAUUGAUGAAACCAGUAUUUACAAACACAUCUGAAAUAAAAAAGCACGCUGAGAAAGUGUUAUUUUUUGAAUGUAAUUCGGGAAUCAUUGAUAAUUAUUACAAAAAACAUGUCGAUACUGGUUCUAAAUCAAUUGAACUUAAAUUUCAAGAUACAGACUCAUUUAAUGAUGACAUACGUAGAAGUGGAAUUUCAAAUUCUAGGUCAAAUAAUACAAUCUAUUCUUUUACAUCUAAAACUUGUGAUUCGAAAUAUUUGUCGGAUUCUAUAAUAAGCAAGCUGGACAGUUUUCCAAAUUUAAAGCUGAAAAAUCUGCAGAGGUCGAUAAAUCCAUCUACGGCAUCAAGUAUGUCUACUGCAAGUAUUGUAAAAAAUGAGUAUCCAAACAUCAAUGAAGCAAUCAUAAAGAAUGAUUCGCGUAUAUUGCAUAUAAAAUCAAAUCAAAAUUCUGUAUACACCACAGAUGAACAUGAUUUAAACUCAACGAAACAAUUACAAGAUACUGAAUCAGAAAUUAGAUUAUACGAGUAUGUUAAACAGUUAAAGAGAAUGAAGUCAUCGGUAGAUAUACAAUUGAAUUGUUUAAAGAAAAGGGAGAGCACUAGGAGAAAAUCAAAAUCGGACGAAAAUGUUACUUAUGGGCUAGUAUUUCCGACAGUAAGAAGUAAUAUAAAAAAUUGUUUUUCACCUAGAAAUUACUCCCUAUUAACAGAAAAUCUAGUUCAUAUCAAUGAAGGUACUGAAACAACAGUAAACCAACAAUUAGAAAUAAAUGAAACUUAUGACGAACUAGGUAUGCUGUUUUCUCAAUAUUUGAAGCAUCAAGUUCAAUUGUGUAAAAAAAAAGUGUGUCCUCUUUCGAGACAUUUAAAGCAAAAAUUCAAACACAGUACAAGACAAUGCCAAAGAAAGUUUAAUUAUUAUCAAAUAUAUCCUUAUGAUCAAAGACCUGCAUGCAAUAGUGGAAAUGUGUGCACAGACACAUACGAUGAAUUAAAAUUAAUGUGCAAAUCACCUUCGAAGAGACGGGAUAUUUAUCAAUGCAUGUUCAAAAGGAGGAAAGAAUUUUUACAUCAACCAUGCUCUGCACCCAUCCAAAAUUUUGCAAUAACAAAAUAGUUUUUAACAUUAAAGUAAUUGAAUAUUAAAUAUACAAAUUGGUAUUUCUUACAGAUCACAUUUUUUAUUUUCCUUUAGUAUCCUCAAUUUCUUAAACAUAAUUUUUCUGUUGUAAUGAUACAGCAAACAAAUAGCCAUAUGUAUGUUUAAAAAAAAUUAUUUUAUUUAAUUAAUUACAUACGUUCGCUCCUUUUAACUUCUUUUACUUGAAGACCUAAAAAGAACCAAUGUAUUGUUAAACAACAAAUAAAGGUUUUAAGUAUAGUA